AUGUCAGAUGGAUUCGUCCCUAUAGUCUCCAUUUUUUAUGCCGUGUUUCAUCCUACGGAAGGUACAAAGAUAGUUCACCAGUUCCCCGAGAACUUGAUAUCUACGAGCUCUACAAUUAACAAUGACGAUAAUAACUACUUGGAUGACGACGUAACCACCGCAGGUUUAUUCAAUUUCGAUACUGUGAAAAACUACGUUAUUCCCAAACCACAACUAUGCAAUCAACUACUAUCUUUUAAAAUCAAUAAUUAUAAGGUUAUCGGAUACCCCGUCAACAUGGUCAAUGAUCACUAUGCUCGAAACUCGUUUAAUUUCAAUUUUUGUUUUGUAUUCAAUUAUGAAUUGGGAGAUGUAAGUCCUUAUGAACCAGCUAUUAAACGUAUGGGACAAAUGUUUCAAGUUUUGGAAGAACAGAAUUUCAUCUUGAGUAAAUUGGACAAAGAGAAUUCAUUUUAUAAAGACAUGAGGAACAAUGCUUCUGAUUUGGAUACGACAACGCUGAAAAUCGAUGAAUACGACUUGGAAUUGUAUGCCAAUAGGGGUCAGUCAUCAAUGGUGGAGAAUGAUGCCAGUGUCAAUGCUCCUGGGCAUUCCAAAACCAAAAAGAUUACAUUAUCUUCAAUCGAGUCAUUGAUUCAACAAAUUUAUCAGGAUUUAAACAAUUAUUCCGAAUGUUGUAUCCCAUUGGAUAGUUCCAAUUCAGUUGAUAUAAAAUUGUUUCCAUUGUUGCCAGCUCCCAUAAAUCUCAAAGCAUUUCAAGUACCGAUAGCCACCGUGAAGCUCAAAUCGCUAGUUGAUGUUAAUUGGGAUCCAACAAUGGUGAAAAUAUUACCCUAUAUUGAUGGAAUCAAUUCUGUUAAACGAAUUAGUGAAUUAGCCGAUGCCAAUUAUCUCGUUACCAAGCAAUGUAUUCAACAUUUGAUGCAUUACAAGUGUAUUGAAUUGAUUGAUAUUUUCCAAUUUAGCAAUAUUUACGCCCCCACUAAUCGAAUUGGUGAAUUUUUAAAAUCUGAUGGACAAAUGGCUGAACAAUGUCAAGCAUAUGUUGUCACUAAUGGAUCAACUGAUUCUUUAAGGUCUUCAUCAUUCACCAAUACACCAGCACCAAAUUCACCUAAGCCAACAACGGGUGGGGGUGAAAGUGGGCCAUCACCACUGACAACGUUUAAUUUUAAUAAGCGUGUGAUGCCAUCUGGUGGUAGUACAUCGCCGUUUAUGAAGCAACAACAAAGUUUCUUAUCACGAUCACCAAAAUUGUUCACCAUGCAAUAUGCCAAUGUCAAAGUCCCAGCAAAGACUAGUUUAUUUUACUUGUAUCGAUCAUUGAACCAAGGGCAAACUGUUAAAGAGUGGUAUCUGCAACACAAGCACUUGUUGACAAAUAUUGAUAUACGGCGAUUUAUAAAUUUUGGCGUAUUGCGAGGUAUAAUAUAUCGCGUAUACUCUUAUCCUGUGCUCAAUUUGGUUACACGUGCAAUUGAACGUGGUGAUUUACUUCAACCAGAACAUAUAUUGAACAAUGUUAAAAGGAAAACAAGACAGCAACAACAGCAACAGCAAGAUCAGCAACGGAAUAGAUUAAAGUUUAGGCAGCUGAAUGGCGAUCGUGCAUAUGAUGAGUUGUUGAGGACCAGAGUGCAUGAACAAACCUUGAAAACGGAAUCGAAUCGUCGUGUAAGCUUUUCAUCGCUAGAUGAUAGACAGCAACUGCCACUACAGCCGCAACAUGAGGACUAUGGUCCGUCUCGCAAGUUGAGUGUAAUGAACGAAGUUUUGGAGGAAGAUGAUAGUUCAACUAGUGACGACUCUGAAAAUGAGCCAUCCAAGGUGAAACAUGUCUCAAAAGAAAGAGCACACAGGACAUCCAACUCUACAGUUAGUGGACUUAGUGUGAAUGAAGAUGCAGAUGCAAAUGCAAUUGCAGAUGCAGAUGGAGUUGUUUCUACUCAAAUGAGUGAUGCGGAAGAAGACGAAAUGAUUUAUUUGAUAAAGAUGUUGAAGGGGUUUCAGCAUUUUGAUUCCAUUUGUACUGAAUUACGGAAAUCACGUACUGAGGUGGAGAAAAUGAUUGAAAAACUAGGUUCAUUUAGUGUAAUCAAUUGCUAA